CUAAAAAGUUAAAUAAUGUUUUUGUGGGGAGAAAAAUGAAAAUAGCAGAUUUUCGAGGAUGGGAAGAGUAAAACAUAUAUUUGAGAAGUCGAAAAGUGUGAAAUAUUUGUUCUGUCUCGCGAGGAAGAGAGAAAAAUCGAAUUAGAAAUUGCAAGUUUUAGGGUUUUAGAAAAUCUAUCUUCUUCACUGAGUUUUCCAGCUCCGAAGAACACUUGCAACUUCAGGCAAUUAUGGCGAGCACCAAAGUUCAGAGGAUUAUGACUCAACCCAUUAAUCUGAUUUUCAGAUUUCUCCAAAGUAAAGCUCGGAUUCAGAUUUGGCUUUUUGAGCAGAAAGAUUUGAGGAUUGAGGGACGAAUUACUGGUUUUGAUGAGUACAUGAAUUUGGUGCUGGAUGAGGCAGAGGAAGUGAGCAUCAAGAAGAAAACCAGAAAACCACUUGGUCGGAUUUUGCUUAAAGGAGACAACAUAACUCUCAUGAUGAACGCGGGCAAGUGAUGUCUGUUGCAGUGCAAGGAAUGAUCUAAUUAUAUGGAAUGGUUUAAGAGUUCCUGCUCCCCUCUCGUUUCUCUGUUGGGUAAAAGUUGUCUUUUUGCUGUUUACUUCUGUCAACUUGAGAAAUUUCAACUUUGCAAACAAAAUUAUGAGAAAAUAGUUUCAUCAAAAAAGACCUCAAAUCCAAGAAGAUUGUAGAAAUGUCUAAUAUUUGUCUAUUUGGUUAGA